AUGACUACUCCACCAGACAAAUCACACAUCGGUGACUCAGCAGGUAAAGCUGUCUCGACGCCUAACAGACUGCCAUCCAAGAAACAUUACAAGAACACGGUUGUCUUGUCUGUCGGCCCCAGCAAGCAAGAAUUCACUGUGCACAAGGAGUUGCUCUGUUUCUACUCAGACUUCUUUCGCGCCGCCUUCAACGGAUCUUUCAAGGAAGCUACUGAAGGUCGCAUCGAGCUGCCUGACGCCCAGGUGGAUGUGUUUGAGAGCUUCCAAGUCUGGCUCUACUCACGCUCGCUUCUCAACACUGAAGAUCUUCAAGAUCAGCCGGACUACCAAAAGUACCCCAGCUUCAGUGCACUCGCUAGGCUCUGGGUCUUUGGCGACAAGUACCAGAUACCUCUUCUCCAAAACUGUGUUAUCGACUCAAUACUGGAGAAGCAAAAGCAGUCAAACCGGUUCAACACUUGCAUCGUACGAAUCGCUUACCAGGAUACCAUACAAGAAUCUCCGCUCCGCAGACUUGCGAUAGAUAUCUCAGUGUUCAGGAUGACUCUCUUGUCGACUUUGCUCGCGGUAUCAGUAAAGCCUGGUAUCUUGGGCACCCACCCCGAAACCUUCCUGAGCAAGGAAAGUGCCAUUACCAUGUUCACGCAGAGGGCGAGCAUUGUUGAUUCAUCGACACAAACAUGCGGAGCCAAUGCAGAGCAAUGAGGAGGCUGAAAACAAGACAUGAAAUUAAGGGCUUGAGGAUAAACGGACAAUUCACAGGACAGGAUUUUUCG